CCAUACCAGUUUUUCCGGGUCAUUUUCCUGCCUUCCUUCCAACCAUUAAUGGAGGGAACUUUUUACGAAAUCUCCCACCAAAGCUAAUCAAAAAAGAGCUACAGCAAGCGCCCUUUCUUCCAUACAAUACGUUUGCCGCCAUCUGAAUGUACCCUUCCUCGUUCAAACUUCUCCUCCAUCUUCCUCGAUUCCUCUUCUAGAAGCAUAUAACAAAACCCGCUUUGCUUGGUUUUCCAUUUAAAACAUAUUUUAAUGGAAGAGAAGGAGAGCACGGUUUCUGGAUCACUCGGAAACUCAGACACAGACUCAGCCCCGGCCCCGUUGAGCAACGUGGCGCUACCCCAGGUGGUGCUGAACAGGCCCGGGGAUAUGAGUCUUGCAGUUAUAACAACUACCACAACCACAACCUCAACGAUGCUAACUUCAACAAGCACGACACCAGGGAGUGCUGAGUUGUUUGGGAAAAAGAAGAGAGGGAGGCCAAGGAAGUACGACGCAGAUGGGAACCUGAGGCUGUCGUACAUUGUGCCACCACCGCCAGGGUUUACUUUGUCGCCUUCUUCCCCACCCGAGUUUUCUUCCAAAAGGGGACGAGGCAGGCCUUCUGGGUCUGGCAACUGGCAGCUUCUUGCUUCUUUAGGUGAAUUGUUUGCGAACACGGCAGGAGGGGACUUCACACCGCACGUGGUCACUGUUAAUACUGGGGAGGAUGUUGCAGGAAAAAUUCUUUCAUUUUCUCAGAAGAGUCCUCGAGGAAUAUGCAUUCUCUCCGCCAAUGGUGCAGUUUCCAAUGUUACUAUUCGCCAACCGGGUUCUUCUGGUGGAAUCUUGACCUACGAGGGCCGCUUUGAGAUAUUGUCUUUAUCUGGGUCAUUUACAGUCACUGAUACCGUUGGUAAAAGAAGUCGAACUGGUGGAUUAAGCAUCUCAUUGGCUGGUCCUGAUGGUCGUGUAAUAGGUGGUGGCAUUGCUGGUUUGCUAGUGGCUGCUGGCCCUAUCCAAAUUGUUGUUGGAAGCUUCAUGCCAAAUGGUUAUAAGGCGCAUAAAAAGAAGUACCAUCGUGAACAAACCAUGUUGAGCCCAAUCACAGGUGCUCCAGACAUGUUGGCAAGGUCUAUUACAUCAACAAAACUUGAAGGGUCCCUUUUCAACCCUGUAGAGCUGAAAGCGCAGAACAACGCGGAAGCAGAAGCAGAUAAUGGUGUGGGUGUUAAACUGAAUGCAAAUGCCACACAGAAUACUGCUAUUCGGAAUGGCUCAGAGCCAACCUCAGAUCAGAGGCCAUCUCCUGACAUCAAUGUCUCUGCUUUUGAUGAAUAGAUUUUAGGUGUAUCUGGGAUCACGGAGGCUGAAGUAACAAGAACAGUUGGUUAAUUUGAUUAGUUACUGUGUUACGAAUAGAUUUAAAAUUCUCAACAUUUUUAACUAGGAUUAGGAAUUAUUAACAAAUUCAGACCAAUUUUUGACAUGCUAUGUAUGGAUUUUAUUCGUGAGAAUAUUAGUACACUCUAAAUUCAUUGACUUA